ACCCACAACCUCAAACCCAACAACCACACCAACCCAAUCCAAACCAAAUCCAAAAAUGUCCCGCCACCACCCCGACCUCGUAAUGUGCCGCAAGCAACCAGGCAUCUCCAUCGGCCGACUCUGCGACAAGUGCGACGGCAAGUGUCCGGUCUGUGACUCGUACGUGCGGCCCACGACGCUGGUGCGGAUCUGCGACGAGUGCUCGUUCGGCAACUACCAGAACAAGUGCAUCGUGUGCGGCGGCGAGGGCAUCAGCGACGCCUUCUACUGCUUCGAGUGCACGCGCCUCGAGAAGGACCGCGACGGCUGCCCCAAGAUCAUCAAUUUGGGUUCCUCGCGGACGGACCUGUUCUACCAGAAAAAGAGUUUUCGGAAUCAUUGAUCUUGCUGCUCUAAAUGCUGGAAAUGCUAUAUACUGUCGAUCGAUGUCUUAAAGCGAGCAAGAUUUACAAGAAUCACGGAAGAGCGGUGGUCACAACCACUCCAUUCACCGGCCGGGCCGUCUCGGUCUCGCGAAGCCGCGGCUGGGUCCGGUGCCCUGUGGCGGGCGAACCUCUUCUUGCAGUCUCUCACCGGAGAUCUCGUCGGGGGAGGAUGCCUCGAUCUGCAAAGUCUCAACGUUAGAGGGAAGCCCAACAUGCGAAAGAAAAUCGAACACGCAU